GCAGGGUGUACACAGAGGAUACUGGAGAAUCUGCUCAUGGGUCUCAAGAACUCGGGAGUUUGGUGACGGAUUAUAUCCCCGAACUUGGUCGGUGGUUUUUCCCCAAGGGGCGAACCGAACCUGGGCACGGCGUUUUUUUAGAUGAACGGUGGAACGGUGUUUUGAACGUCGAAAUGUCAGACAUGCAGCAGACCUCGAUCUUUCAUCUCUAUUCACCGGAAAUCGCACGCAGACCGUUCGGGACUGGUAUGCACAUGAAUGCGUCCUGCACGUCCCCGGAGGAACAGUCUGUGUGGUUUCGCCGAACCUUCGGUAUUUUCGGAAGUAACCGCACCCUACCUCUAACAGAACGUUAUUGA